AUGCCAAGUAAAAGUGUGUCAGCAUCGAUGACUACUAUGCCUUCGACAUCAGGCAGCACCGAGCUGACAGCAUCAUCGCAACAUAAAAAGGCACAAGUGAUAUUUUUGCAACGAUCACCGAAGUUAAUUAUUAGCCGUAAUGGUAGUGAAGCGGUGCAACAUUUCAUUCUCACUCAACAACCAAUAGUUAAUGUGUCAGAUUUUCGUUCAACGCUCACAGAAGCAAGAGGUCCACCAUCAAGCGAUACCGUAAUUGUUGAUACAAGUAACGGCACCACUGUUGAUGGUUUUGGUCAAUCAGGAACCACUAGUAGUACCAGCACCAGUCAUCAUCAUCAUCAACCAUUGGGUGAUGAAGUAACGUAUGUUACUAGCAGUAACAAUUUAACUAUACCCGCAACAGCAGCAGCAACAACAACCACACUUAGACCAACUACUGUAGCUGCAGCAACGGAAGUUGGCUUUUUAACAAGUGAAGCAGAGGGUACCGUGGAGACGGUGGUAGUUCGGUCAAGUGAUAUCAGUGGUAGUGACGAGUCACAGCAAUUAAGUCUGAUGGAUGCCUAUCCAAUAGGACAAGUUACAUCAACGUACUAA